GGCCGGCCGGUGGCGGGUUGCCGGGUGGGCGCCUGCGCAGUGAGGUAGAGGGGGGUGGCCGGCCGGCUGGUGGCGGGUUUUGCCGGGAGCUGAGGGGCAGCGGGAGCGGGACAGGACAGGACAGGACAGGACAGGACAGGACAGCACCAGCACCAUGGCGCAGAUCCUGCCCAUCCGCUUCCAGGAGCACCUGCAGCUCCAGAACCAAGGAGUGAACCCUGCCAACAUCGGGUUCAGCACCCUGACCAUGGAGUCGGACAAGUUCAUCUGCAUCAGGGAGAAGGUGGGAGACCAGGCCCAGGUGGUCGUCAUUGACCUGAAUGACCCAACAAAUCCAAUCCGACGACCUAUAUCUGCUGACAGCGUCAUCAUGAACCCAGCGAGCAAAGUGAUCGCUCUGAAAGAUGCUGGAAAAACACUACAGAUAUUUAACAUUGAGAUGAAGAGCAAAGUCAAGGCCCACACCAUGGCUGAAGAAGUCACGUUCUGGAAGUGGAUCUCCUUGAACACAGUUGCCCUAGUUACUGAGACUGCCGUCUUCCACUGGAGCAUGGAAGGUGACUCUCACCCACAGAAGAUGUUUGACAGGCACGCCAGCCUGGCCGGCUGUCAGGUCAUUAACUACCGCACAGACCUUCAGCAGAAGUGGCUGCUGCUCAUUGGAAUCUCAGCGCAGCAAAACCGAGUGGUUGGUGCAAUGCAGCUGUAUUCUGUGGACCGGAAGGUAUCACAGCCGAUUGAAGGCCAUGCGGCUGCUUUUGCUGACUUCAAGCUGGAAGAGAAUCCUUUGCCAUCAACCCUAUUUUGCUUUGCGGUUCGCAGUCAAGCCGGGGGGAAGCUGCACAUAAUAGAAGUAGGUCAGCCUGCUGCUGGAAAUCAGCCCUUCACCAAGAGAGCGGUGGACGUGUUCUUUCCUCCCGAGGCUCAAACCGACUUCCCAGUGGCAAUGCAGAUUGGAGCUAAAUAUGGCGUUAUAUAUCUGAUUACAAAAUAUGGAUACAUCCACUUGUAUGACCUGGAGUCUGGUGCUUGCAUCUACAUGAACCGUAUUAGUGCUGAGACCAUCUUUGUUACUGCACCUCAUGAACCAACCUCUGGCAUUAUUGGAGUCAAUAAAAAAGGCCAGGUUCUUUCUGUCUGUGUGGAAGAAGAAAAUAUUGUGAAUUACACCACUAAUGUGCUCCAAAACCCUGACUUGGCUUUGCGUAUGGCUGUAAGAAGCAACCUCGCUGGUGCAGAGGAGCUCUUUGCCAGGAAGUUUAAUACUUUGUUUGCACAAGGCAACUAUGCUGAAGCGGCUAAAGUAGCUGCUUCUGCACCAAAGGGUAUCCUGAGGACUCCGGACACCAUUCGGAAAUUCCAGACGGUCCCGGCUCAGCCAGGCCAAGCUUCUCCUCUCCUUCAGUAUUUUGGAAUCCUCCUCGACCAGGGGCAACUGAACAAGUACGAGUCCCUGGAGCUGUGCCGACCCGUCUUGCAGCAAGGACGCAAGCAGCUGCUGGAGAAAUGGCUGAAGGAAGAUAAGCUGGAGUGUUCAGAGGAGCUGGGCGACUUGGUGAAGGCAGCUGAUCCCACACUUGCCUUGAGUGUCUAUCUGCGAGCCAGCGUGCCGAACAAAGUCAUACAAUGCUUUGCGGAGACCGGACAAUUUCAGAAAAUUGUGCUUUACGCAAAAAAGGUCGGCUACACGCCAGACUGGGUUUUCCUGCUGAGAAAUGUAAUGCGGGUGAGCCCAGACCAGGGACUUCAGUUUGCACAGAUGCUUGUCCAAGAUGAGGAACCUUUAGCUAAUAUCAGUCAGAUUGUGGAUAUCUUUAUGGAGAACAACCUGAUCCAGCAAUGUACUUCCUUCCUUCUGGAUGCUCUGAAGAAUAACAGGCCUUCAGAGGGUCACUUGCAGACCCGCCUACUUGAAAUGAAUCUGAUCCACGCACCACAGGUUGCUGACGCGAUCCUCGGCAAUCAAAUGUUCACCCACUACGACCGGGCCCACAUUGCCCAGCUGUGUGAGAAGGCCGGCUUGUUGCAGAGAGCCUUGGAGCACUACACCGAUCUGUACGACAUCAAACGGGCUGUUGUGCACACACAUCUUCUCAACCCUGAGUGGCUUGUGAACUACUUUGGUGCACUGUCGGUGGAAGAUUCGCUGGAGUGCUUGCGUGCCAUGUUGUCGGCGAACAUUCGCCAGAACCUGCAGCUCUGUGUGCAAGUAGCAUCCAAGUACCACGAGCAGCUCGGCACACAGUCUCUGGUCGAGCUGUUUGAAUCCUUCAAAAGCUACGAAGGAUUGUUUUAUUUCCUCGGAUCCAUUGUGAAUUUCAGCCAAGAGCCCGACGUUCACUUCAAGUACAUUCAAGCAGCCUGCAAGACCGGGCAGAUUAAGGAAGUGGAACGCAUUUGUCGCGAGAGCAACUGUUACGAUUCAGACCGUGUGAAAAACUUCCUCAAGGAAGCCAAGUUAACGGACCAGCUGCCACUGAUCAUCGUCUGCGAUCGAUUUGAUUUUGUCCAUGACCUGGUUCUGUACCUGUAUCGCAACAACCUACAGAAAUACAUUGAGAUCUAUGUUCAGAAGGUGAACCCCAGCAGGCUGCCCGUGGUGGUGGGCGGUCUACUCGACGUCGACUGCUCUGAAGAAGUCAUUAAAAACCUCAUCAAUGUCGUCCGCGGUCAGUUUUCAACCGACGAGCUGGUGGGUGAAGUGGAAAAGAGGAACAGAUUGAAAUUGUUGCUGCCCUGGCUGGAGACUCGUAUUCAUGAGGGCUGUGAGGAGCCAGCCACCCACAACGCUCUAGCUAAGAUAUACAUCGAUAGCAAUAAUAACCCUGAGCGCUUCCUGCGUGAAAACCCAUACUAUGACAGUUCUGUGGUUGGAAAAUACUGUGAAAAGAGGGACCCGCACUUGGCUUGUGUGGCAUACGAAAGAGGCCAGUGCGAUCUGGACCUCAUCAAGGUUUGCAACGAGAAUUCCCUGUUCAAGAGCGAGGCCCGGUACCUAGUACGCAGAAGAGACCCCGAGCUUUGGGCCAGUGUCCUUGAAGAAAAUAACCCCUUCAGACGCCAGCUGAUUGACCAGGUUGUACAAACAGCCCUGUCUGAAACACAAGAUCCAGAGGAAGUUUCAGUUACUGUGAAGGCCUUCAUGACAGCUGACCUUCCCAACGAGCUGAUUGAACUGCUGGAGAAGAUAGUCCUGGAUAACAAUGUCUUCAGUGAACACAGGAAUCUCCAGAACCUGCUGAUUCUCACGGCCAUUAAAGCGGACCGCACCCGGGUGAUGGAGUACAUUAAUCGCCUGGACAACUACGACGCUCCUGACAUCGCCAACAUUGCCAUCAGCAACGAACUCUUUGAAGAGGCCUUUGCCAUCUUCCGAAAGUUUGACGUCAAUACGUCAGCGGUGCAGGUCCUGAUCGAACACAUUGGAAAUCUCGAUCGCGCCUACGAGUUUGCAGAACGUUGCAACGAGCCGGCCGUGUGGAGUCAGUUGGCAAGAGCGCAGUUGCAGAAGGAUCUGGUCAAAGAAGCCAUCGACUCCUACAUCAAGGCUGACGAUCCCUCCGCCUACAUGGAGGUUGUGAAAGCAGCCAACAAGAAUAAUAACUGGGAAGACUUGGUGAAGUUUCUGCAAAUGGCCAAGAAGAAAGCCAAGGAGUCCUACGUUGAGACUGAGUUGAUAUUUGCUCUGGCAAAGACUAACCGUCUAUCCGAGCUGGAGGAGUUCGUCAAUGGACCCAACAACGCCCACAUUCAACAGGUUGGUGAUCGGUGCUACGAUGAUGGCAUGUAUGAUGCCGCCAAGUUACUGUACAACAACGUCUCUAACUUUGCUCGCUUGGCCUCUACUCUGGUGCACCUCGGAGAGUACCAGACUGCCGUGGACAGUGCUCGCAAAGCUAACAGCACCAGGACUUGGAAAGAGGUUUGCUUUGCCUGUGUAGAAGGGCAGGAGUUCCGCCUGGCUCAGAUCUGUGGGAUGCACAUUGUCAUCCACGCCGAUGAACUAGAGGAGCUGAUCAUCUACUACCAGGAUCGAGGAUACUUCGAAGAGCUAAUAGCCCUCUUGGAAGCGGCGUUAGGUUUGGAACGAGCUCAUAUGGGAAUGUUUACAGAGCUGGCAAUCCUGUACUCCAAGUUUAAGCCUCAGAAGAUGCGAGAGCAUUUGGAACUCUUCUGGUCCAGAGUUAACAUUCCAAAGGUGCUGCGUGCAGCUGAGCAGGCUCAUCUGUGGGCCGAGCUGGUCUUCCUAUACGACAAGUAUGAAGAAUAUGACAAUGCAGUGAUCACCAUGAUGAGCCGACCCACCGAUGCCUGGAAGGAAGGACUGUACAAAGACAUCAUUGCAAAGGUCGCCAAUGUGGAGUUAUACUACAAGGCCCUGCAGUUUUACCUGGACUUCAAACCACUACUGAUCAACGAUCUCUUAAUGGUGUUGUCACCGCGCUUGGACCAUACCAGGGCAGUCACCUUCUUCAGUAAGGUGGACCAGUUGCAGCUGAUCAAGCCGUACCUGCGAUCCGUUCAGAGUCACAACAACAAAUCUGUCAACGAGGCGCUGAAUAAUCUGCUGACUGAAGAGGAGGAUUACCAGGGCUUGCGCACAUCCAUUGAUGCGUACGAUAACUUUGACAACAUCACCCUCGCACAGCGCCUGGAGAAGCACGAACUCAUCGAAUUCAGGCGUAUCGCUGCUUACCUCUACAAAGGUAACAAUCGCUGGAAGCAGAGUGUGGAACUGUGCAAAAAAGAUCAUCUGUACAAGGACGCAAUGCAGUACGCAGCAGAGUCGAAGGACACGGAGCUGUCGGAGAAGCUGCUGCAGUGGUUCCUCGAGGAGGGCAAGCAGGAAUGUUUUGCCUCUUGCCUGUUCACCUGCUACGACCUGCUGCGGCCCGACGUGGUCCUCGAGCUGUCGUGGAGGCACAACAUCAUGGACUUUGCGAUGCCCUACUUCAUCCAGGUCAUGCGGGAAUAUCUGAGCAAAGUUGAUGAAUUAAUGGAAAAGGUGGAUAAACUGGAUGCUUCAGAUAAUUUAAGGAAAGACGAAGAGCAAGUAACUGAACCAGCUCCGCUCGCCUUUGGUACGUUCCCAUUCUCCGUUGAGCUGGAAUAUUACAUAGAAACAUAGAAAA